AUGGAUUCCAAAGGAGCAGCUCAGUGGAGCUCAAUUUUAGUUCCUUCCGUUCAAGAGAUGGUUAAGGAGAAGAUGAUCACGACUGUUUCUCCCAGGUAUGUUCGGUCUGAUCAAGCCAAAAUUGAAGUCACCGAUGGUUCUUGUCUAAAGGCAGAGAUCCCAAUCAUCGACAUGAAGCGGUUGUCUUCUUCAACCUCCAUGGACUACUCUGAGGUUGAGAAACUCGACUUUGCUUGCAAAGAAUGGGGAUUUUUCCAGCUUGUAAACCAUGGAGUAGAUCCAAGUUUGUUGGACAAAUUUAAGUUGGAGAUGCAAGAUUUCUUCAACCUUCCAAUGGAAGAAAAGAAGAAGCUGUGGCAGAAACCAAAUGAGCUUGAAGGUUUUGGACAAAUUUUUGUGGUUUCAGAAGAUCAGAAACUCGACUGGGCAGAUUUGUUCUUCACUGUAGUGCAACCUGUUGAAUCACGCAAGCCCCAUUUGCUCCCCAAGCUACCUCUUCCCUUCAGAGAUACAUUGGAGAAGUAUUCUGUUGAAGUGCAGAGCAUAGCUAAGAUUUUAGUAGCGAAUAUGGCCAGAGCCCUAGAGGUCAAACCAGAGGAAAUGGAAAAGUUUUUCAAUGAUGUUGAUUCGGUCCAAAGUAUGAGGAUGAAUUACUACCCGCCGUGUCCACAACCCGAUCAGGUUAUCGGUCUAACUCCGCAUUCGGAUUCCGUUGGACUCACCAUACUAAUGCAAGUGAAUGAAGUUGAAGGUCUCCAAAUCAAGAAAGAUGGGAAAUGGGUACCUGUUAAACCUCUCCCAAAUGCUUUCAUUGUCAACAUUGGCGACAUCUUAGAGAUCAUUACGAAUGGGACAUACCGAAGCAUCGAGCAUCGAGGAGUUGUGAAUUCAGAGAAAGAGAGACUAUCUAUUGCGACGUUUCACAGUCCGGGAAUAUAUAAAGAAAUUGGUCCCGCGAAAAGCAUCGUCGAAAGGCAAGAGGUUGCAAAUUUCAAAAGGCUGACCAUGAAAGAGUACAAGGAUGGUUUGUUCUCUCGUAAGCUCGACGGAAAAGCUUAUCUUGAUGCCUUGAGAAUCUAA